AGAAAGGGAUUUUAUUUGCUGAAUGAGACGGUGCUUUAAAUAAUGCUGACAACAGAUUAAAGGUCGAACUGCUCACCACGUGGAGGAAUUCACACUCAGCCCCUUUUAAUGAAAGUUCAUGACCUCUUCACUCAUCAGUCCGAUGAACCGUUGAGUUCACACUGAUGCCACCUGAUGAUGUCACAGAGGGCGUUACAGCUGACCAAUCAGCAGAGCAGAUUGACAAACGGCCCAAGAAAGUAGUUGAGAAAAAAGAGACUGCUGUGGUGGUACUUGUGAGAAAAGAGCUGCAUGCAAAGCACGCUUUACAAAACCGGUGGGCCUUAUGGUUCUACAAGAAUGAUAAGAGUAAAAUGUGGCAGGAUAAUUUGAGACUCAUCACCAAGUUUGAUACUGUUGAGGAUUUCUGGGGGUUGUACCAUAACAUUCAGAUGGCUAGCAAACUCUCGUCAGGAUGCGACUAUUCAGUGUUCAAGGACGGGAUCGAGCCCAUGUGGGAGGACAGGAGCAAUAAAUGCGGCGGCCGUUGGCUCAUUACCCUCUCCAAACAGCAGAGACACACUGAGCUCGACCGCUUUUGGCUGGAGACGCUGUUGUGUCUCAUCGGUGAGGGGUUCGGUCCCUACAGCAGAGACGUCUGUGGUGCCGUCAUUAACAUUCGUGCCAAAGGAGACAAAAUCGCCGUCUGGACGACGAACACUGAGAACGCCGAGGCUGUAACGUACAUCGGCCGGAAGUAUAAAGAGAGUCUUGGUCUUCCAGUGAAGCUUGUGAUUGGAUAUCAGGCCCACGCCGACACGGCCACCAAGAGCAACUCCAUCGCCAAGAACAAGUUUGUCGUCUGAACAGAAUCAUCUCUGCGUCUUGUUCUCACACUGAGCACUUUUUCCCCCUCUCUCUCUUUUGUGUUUACUUGGCCAGGGGAAACCAUUUGGACUAUGAAGUUUACAUUUAAGUUAUGAUAUUUUUUUUUUUUUAAUUUUGGUACUUGAUAUCUUCAUUUGCUUGUCUUUUCCAUUUUUUUAUUUUAUUUUUUUUCCCUUCCCACAAUAAAAUUUGCCCAUGUUUGGUCUUGA